AAGCUGUACUAAGUCAAUGUUCAAUUGUAAACUUUUGAAGAAACAAACCAUGUUUUGUUCAGAGUUAUGAACACAACCUGCAUUCCGGAGGUGUUCAUAACACAGGUUCUACUGCAAAUGCUAGUGCUUCCUAAAACAAGAGAUCCUAAACACUUCCUGCAGCACUAGGGUUACAAAACUCUAAAUGCUGGCUCAUUCUGGACGAAUACUUUAUCAAUAAGGUAUUGUCAUUUCACUGUCUAGAGCACUGAAUGGUUCAGAAUUCAAAUGCAGCAUUACCUAGCAUGUUGUGAAAAUCAGACAUUGGGCCAAAAAGACCCUUUCUGUAGUGUUUAAGACUGAUAUGCCCUAGUCACAUAUUCAGGGAUUCCUUGUAAACUGAUUUCAAGUUACUUUCAGCUUACCUAAGCUAAGCUGAGUACAACUGCCUCACAUUUCUCUGUGGUAACUGUCCUCUAAAGUAACCUAUAUAGUUUAGUGACAAACAGUGGACAGUGACUAACCACAGAUUAUAUUCAGCAAGAAAACACUUCUUGUGCCAGUCAGCCAGCCUGCCUGGACUCUAGGGGGAGAUAACAGCAUCCUUUAUAUGUGAGUGACUCAUCCCUUCUUGCAGACUGAAUCUCUCAAGGUACAGCUUAAUGCCUCCAAUGCCCACUCAUGCUUUAAAAUUAAUCACGAAGACUUUCUUUAGUAAAGACCAGUAAUUAGCUGGGUCAAAUGGGAAGAAACCUAUAUCUAAACUAGGGAAAUCUCAAAGCCAUUUGAUUCUUAGCAGGGGCUGCUCCUGACUGUUCUUGGAAGCCUUGUAUACUGAUAGCACUUAAAUUGUUUGUUUUUAAGUUCUGGUCCACUCACUGUAUAUUCUAAGCGUGUGCCUGUUCCAAAACGGAAUGUUCUUGGUACAAUAUAUUAAUACUUUUUCUCUUAAUUGCAGGAUGAAGACACUGUUUGAGGAGAUCAAAGCAUCAAUUAAAAAUAAUUAUGAUCCAGACCGCUCAUUUUGGAGGCCUGUGCUCCCUUGGGGAGGGGUUUUUACUAUCAAAGCUGGCCGGAAAGCUGUAUCUUGCACACCACUUUAUGUUGAAAUAAAUCUGAAAAAUACUUGCACUAUCGAUGGAUUCUUGAUGUUGUUGUAUGUCAUUCUGCAUGAAAAUGAACACUUCCCCAAGGAGCUCUCCCUUCACUUAGGUAGAGAGUUUGUCGACUACUUUCUUUACUUAAUGGACUCCUAUAAUUUUACAACAGUGAAGCUGCUUUGGAUUUGGGACAAGAUGGAGAAGCAACAGUACAAAUCUGAAGUUCACAAAGCUUCACUGGAAAUCGAUUUAUUUGGAAAUGAGCAUGAUAACUUUACAAAGAAUCUAGAAAGUCUCAUGUCUACCAUUCAAGAGAGCUACUGUUCAAAUUCGAGGUGUCCAACUCGUAUGCAGGAAGAUCUGCAUAGAACAAUUAACAUAAAUCCUCCCCAAGAAAUUCCUCAUGGAGACUUGAUUCAGCGGGCAGUAGAUGAAUUAUUCUGUUCCAGGAUUGAGCUGUGUGACCAGUAUGGAUGUGAUGGGUUAAGAGAAUUCACCCAGAGAGUUUUCUGCCAUGGGGCACCGCCUUUUGUUGUUUUAAAUAUGCAGCAAUGGAAGCCAGAAGAACUGGCAUAUGUACCAUAUCAUUUGGAUUUAUCUGAUCACAAGUACUUAUUGGAAGGUGCCACGUGGUUUAAUAAAGAGGAGCAUCAUUAUUCUGCAGCUUUCCAGAUUGAUGGGUAUUGGAUACACUACGAUGGCCUCAGAAAUGUCAACUUAAUUUUGUUAAAUAAACCCCCAGAAUUUCUUCUUUUGUCAUCUCUAGUUUAUAUUAGAGCAGCAGAGAAUAAAUAACAUAUCUAGACUAUGGAUACAAAGUUAAAUCACGUUCCUUUCUCUGCCACCAAUGCUGGCCCAUCCCAAAUGGAGGUCUAUAUUUUAUGUAUACUUGGUAUCCAAGAAAAGAGUAGAACUACAGUAGUUCUGGUAUCAUAUCAUCCAGUGCUUACUAUAGGUAAAAGUUUGAAAUGGGAAACACUAUGCAAUUUUUUAAAAAACAUUUAUUGAGCUAUUUUUAUACAGGCAAAUUUUUAUGCUACAAUAAAA